AUGGAACCCAAACACAUCAUCAUUGGCUGGCUGAUACUGUUGCUACGAGCCACCAUAGUACUCGCCGCCAGGGGUACCUUUCCCAGGAACAGACGAUACCUACAUUCACUGUGCAGGACAAAACCACAUCCUUCCGCAAAAAUACACGCAUUCAUAGGUAUCACACACACUACAUACAAUGAUCGCAUCGCACCGCUAUACAAGAAGAAAACGGAGGAUAUCGCACAGAGUCUUGUCGACAACGAUCACCAGGAUAACGAACAAGACAUCGUAACUAAUGUACCACAAACCACCACGAGUUUCAAUAAUGGAACAAAUGAGGUAUCUGAAGAACCGUCACUCGGCGAAAAUGCCAGUAAGGAUAUUGAAAUAACAGUACCAAAAGAGGUUAUCGACAAUGGUACAGAAGAUGGAAUGACACAGAUCACAAGUGAAGACCAUUCAGGUUACACAAAUGACACAAAUGUGAGUGAAAACGAGCCACAAAUUGUAAAAAUUCACGAAAAUGAUCUGAAUGAAGCGGAAAUAGGUGAACAAGACACAGAAGAAUGUAGUUACCCUGACACUAACACAACAGAUGAAACAGAUUUAUCAACAAGCGAUAACCAACGUGUAUACGCACAGGAAGAGAAUAUCAGUCGAAUUAAACUAGAUGAUAUGGUAGAAGAGGCAUUUAAAGAUCAACCUCCCUCGCAACAUAUAUGCGUUAUGGGUUGCCGGGGUAAGGCUAGGCACGAGAUUUUGGUAAAUAUCAUCAAUCGACUCGCAGAACACAAAAGAAAAAAGAAAAACGCACCGCAUAUAUUGUAUAUAUGGCAUACUAUGAGACAUGCUAGGGACUUUCUAAAAGAAUACGACACUGUGUUCCAUAAUCUAGGCAAUGUCAAUGUUAUCACUGGCAAUAACAUUAAUGUAAAACCGAGCAAUCUCAUGACUGUUAGCAAUAUAAGAGCAUUGUUAGGCGUAUACAACGCUGUUAAUACCACAGAUGCGACAGAUACGAAACGGCUCCUGGAAAAAUUGAGGCGUGCAAUCACUCUAGAGGAAUCUAUACAACUUGAAGAUGAACCAACAACAAACCAAACCAAUCAAACUUUGACAUUCAGCGUCGGAGAUGAAAAACUAAAUGAUCAAAAUAUCGAAGAAUUUGCAACAACUAUCAAAUCUAUUGUCAACUCGUUCCUACAAUCACACGAAGAGGUGGCAAAUAGAGAUUGGGAUACUAACUCAAACUUUCCACCACAAAAAGAAGCUUUGCUGUCACAAUUAAGGUGGUCACAAACACACUACUAUACACCAGAAGCUAUCGUACAAAGGGUUAAGUUAGAUGAACCGGGAAAACGCAUAGUGAUUAUUGACAAUUUUGAAGUUAAUAACAAAACACGCGCUUCAUCAACACUACGCGAUUUCAUAGCAACGACAAUGAGGAACGAAUGCCAAAUGGUGGCACUCUCCUAUAAUGCAUGGAACCCACAAAAUGUAGCACAGUGGUUUAGAAGGGCUAUAGGACCGAUGGAUUUCAUACUUGCUAGCAAGUGGCCGGAAAUAAAAGUAUUCUAUGAAAAUUGGGAUUAUGACCCAUUUGAAAAUUCUAGUGAACCAAUAUAUGGAAAAGGUGAUAUAGAUGCUAUGGAAAAAGCGCUGCAGAGUAACACUGGGGGACUACAAAAUAUAUUCGGCAAACCAAUAGCUGAUGUACGCCCAAUAAACUACCCUUUCAACCCAAAGUUCAAAUCUAUGAUCAAGGAUAUUCUAAAGAAUUCAAUGGCAUUAAAUGGAAUAGAUACCCUGCGUAAGUUAAAACAUUACAGCAAAGACGCAUACGACUAUGUCAAACAAUAUUUAAAAGAAACAAAAAAGGGAAAACCAAACAAUAGCACCGGAAACGAACAAACUGACACGCAAGAUGAAAAUGAAGAAAACGACAAUUCUUUGACAAUAGAUACGAUUCUUGACAGGAUUAUCAACUUGGAAAGACAUGCUAUCGGUUUGAAAUUGAUGGUAAAAUUAAAAUUAAAUCGCGCAUUAACUAGUAUUAAUGAACAAUAUGUAGCAUCAGUUGUAAAUAAAGUAAUAGCGGACGCAUUAUAUCCAACAGUUAUAAACGUACACACCCGGAAGGACUACCGUGCAUAUGAAGCUGCGCUGAAGGAGAAAUUUGAAAUAGUGCCAGAACUUUUAGAAGAGAUGAAAAGGAGAGGUAUCACGCCGUAUAGUGGGAACCAACUCAGCAGAGGGGUGGCACUUAUUAGCCGUUAUACCCCAAAGCAUAUCAGGAACUUUGUCCACGACUGUAUGGACAAGUUCAAGGUAAUAGUUACAAAUCACAGUAGACCUGAAGCACGACAUUAUGUUUUCCAUUACGCGCCGGAACAUUGGCGGAGAUAUAAACCAAGGCUAAUACUACAUAGCGAAGCAAGUAUAAGCAAUACUUGCCUCGGAGCUGAAAAGGUCUCACUCUUUGGAUUGACACAUGCAACGGUGGCACGUAUAUUGACGUCGUUAAUGGCGCCCAUGGAUAUUGAUUUCAGAUGGUUAAACCCAACAGAGGCAUUAAAUAAAUGGUACUCAGAGCUACCUGAAGCAAUCAAAUCAAAUGAAAAGCUUAAAGCAAGCAUGCAACGAGGUACCUUCGCCAGUUUCAUGAAGGAACGUCGUGAUGCUUUCACGUCAUUAAACCCAGAUAUGUUGAGUACUAGUGUGCAAAACUAUUAUGGUGAAGAACCGAUGACAUACGACGUACCGUAUUACAGUGUGACAGUGAGAAGUGACGCAUCACCAUACCUCCCUAUGGAGGAGCUAAACAAUAUACCAUCCUAUUCGGCUACAUACGCUUAUGAAACACAGUUCCCCUACGGCAUGAGGACACGCAGGGUAACAACAGGAGGCCUAACAAGACCUAUGUCACGGAUGUGGCCCCCGCACCAACACAUGCCUAAGCAAAUAGCUAGCGGCGACGUAGACGUACAACGAAGAACACCAGUAAUACGAAAUAUGCUAGAUCGACAAAUAUGUCUUGAAGCAUUGGAAUCAAGGCUAAGUAAAGCCGGUGUUAAUAUGCAGCCGUUUUACCACGUGGACCAAAAACAGCGAAGGGCUAUGAGAUAUUACGGUUACUUGAGGUCACAUAUACGUGGGAUGCUAUUACACAAGGCAAAGGAUAUACAAGCUAUUAACCAUGCCAUAAACCUUCAUGGAGCAGAGGUUAUAGGAAUGGAUGACGGACGUUACAAAGUUAUAUGGAUGGGACAACCGAGUAAAUUGUACAUAACUACACACACAAUUCCUGACCAGGUUUACAGGGCUAUGCAUCAACUAUUUAGCAACGGCGAGAUGCAUGAGUUUUACACUUUGCUAAAAGCUGAAAAAGGAUAUUUGUUUACACCUGCCAUGUUUAUAAAGGACAUCAGCACACUGCCUACGCUCGGUGUAAAGAUAAUGGGAGAGCUUCGACAAGCCUACCUCCAAAAGGUAGUAAUUAACAAAGAUGAAGGCGUACCUGAAGGAUCGAUAGCAGACUCACUCUAUUACUUGGCGCUGACGGACAACACCAGUGACGAGCUGCCAUCGCUCCCUGAGAGCAUAAAUACAUCAGAGUUCUUACCAGAACGUACUAUGGCAUUGGUAAAUACCUUUUUGGAUAUGAGACGGAAGUAUGAUGCAGUGCAGGCCCAGUUGACCAACGAUGCCGUAGAAAAAAUUAUCGCCACGCCCAGCGUGGGAGUUACGACACGAGAAGAAGCAAUAGAGCUACUCAAUACGACACGUAACGUAUACCGUAAUCGUGCACUGGGUGGAUUAGAAAUAAUUAAGGACAUGCUUCUUUUCCGCAAAGGCGACGUGGAUUUCUACGGCCAGAACCUUUGCACAAUACUCCUUUAUUCAAUUCUCACCUUGGGGACACUCAUAGGAACCUUCGUCGGAUAUGAGCUGCAGGACUUCUCUGUCACCAUGAUCAUCCUUGGAAUUACAACUAUUAGCGCCGUGUUGAUAUGCGCCCCGGCAUGGCAAAUAUACUGCCGCCGUCCUAUUAAGUGGAAAUACUCAAAGUACACGGAUUAA